AUGUGCCAGUUGAAUUCGAGCCACAAAAACGUUGUCAAUUACAUUUGUGAAGUUUGCGCCAAAUUGUUUGAUAGCUACAAGACAUUCGCAAAGCACGUAUACCGACAUCGCGAAAAAACACAUCAGUGUGUCGUUUGUGACAAGCUGUUCGUCCAGAAACACGAUUUAGUGACCCACAUGGAAAUAAGACACUUCAAUAUUGACAGCUUCAUCUGCAGUUACUGCGAUUUUAGCACUUCUUCAUACAGUGACCUCGAAGAUCACAAAGUGGCUAAUCAUACAAAGGACUACCCAUUUCGAUGUGAGAAUUGUGAUGCCGGGUUUGUGAAAAGAGCUGAUCUGGAGACGCAUAACAAAGUCGAGCAUGAAGGAUUGCGUUUCAUUUGUAAGACCUGUGGGCGCAUAUUUAAGACCAAAAUCGCCUGGAAAGAGCACGAAGAAAAGCACGAACCUAACUACGUUGCGAAAAAUUAUACAUGCAAUUUGUGCUCGAAGGUGUUGCAUACCAGAAUAGGUUACUAUAGACACAAAAAGCAGCAUAAUGCAGGCAAAAGAAAUUUCGUGUGUGAAGUGUGUGGUAAGACUUUGGCUUCGUUAGACAACUUACGCCAGCAUAAAAAGAGCCACACUGGUGAAAGGAACCACGUUUGCGAAACUUGUGGAAAAGCUUUCGCCAAGCGAGAAUGGUUAGUGAAGCAUUAUAGAGUUCACACGAAGGAAAAACCGUACGAAUGCUUUGCCUGCGGGAAAAGAUUUUCGCAAAAGUCGUAUCUCAGAGUCCAUUUGAGAUAUCACACCGGCGAAAGGCCGCACAAAUGUGACAUUUGCUCAAGGACAUUCAACACCAAUUCACUAUCCGAAGAAGACUCGGGUGUGAGUUACCUGUGUAACAUAUGUACGCAACAGUUUCCCGACAAGGAAAAGUUCUUGCAACACCACGUGGACGAAUCCGGCCAAUGUUUUGCCUGUUGCAAGUGUGACAGUAAUUUUGAAGCGAUCACUGAAUUGUACUCUCAUCUAGAAGAGCACUCUUCCGAAUCCGUUACAAAUGAAGAUAACGAAACUGUAGAAGAAAUUAUUCUCAAUUGUGACAAUGAACAAGAAAUUGAUGAUGCAAGUGAACUUUUAUACAUUUUAGAUGAUUCGCAGUGCGCCAGUGAAGUUGUCAUAGAAGAAGACAUACCAAGUCAGCCAACUAAAACUAAAAAAGUUGACAAAUAUAGAAUAGUUCAACUAGAACACGGCUACGUUAUACCAAAUACCGAAGAGCAAGAAGUUGAAGAAGAGACGGUCAUUUUGAACGGGAAGCAAAAGAUUUUCCAACCUUCAACCAGCAAACUUGUUUAUCAGCCUAGACCGAGGGCACCCCAACCAAAACGACGUCAUAUCGUGCCAGAUUUUUCUGCUGCAAACUAUUUGUAUGUCACUGCAAACGAUGAGGUGGAUAUUGCUCACUACAAGUGUUUACGUUGCGAGCAACUGUUUAUCAAUAAAUUUGUUUUCUUCCGUCACAUUGAGAAAGGAAAAUGCUAUAUUAAUAGCUGCGAUGUGUGCAAUGCCACUUUUACUAAAAACAGUGAUUUCUAUUACCAUUAUACAGUAGAACAUACGGAUAGAGCGAUUUGUAACUUCUGCUUCAGGACUUUUAUGUAUGAGAAGAAUGUGAAAGAGCACAUGAUGAGACAUUUGGACCAAUUUAGGCAUAGGUGUGACGAAUGCAAUAAAGGGUUUUAUACUGUGAGGGAAUAUAGAAAUCAUUAUAAGAACAGACAUAUGGGGAUUAGGCACAAGUGUUCUGUUUGUAGCAGGAGCUUUGCUGAUGAGUACUACUUCAGACGGCAUAUUGCCACUCAUGAGCAGACCGCUCAAAAACACAUUACUUUUAAAAAGAUAUCGCCGAAAUUUCAUAAAUCGUCUACCUUUUACCAAGAACACAAUUUCUUAUGUAAUGUAUUAAAGGGUUCCGCAGAUGUUGCCAGUUUUAUACCAGGAAGUGACAAAAUCUAUUUAGAAGACUUGUAA